AAAAACAAGACGUAAAAAAACGCGUUACAAAUUGACUAUUCUUUCCCGACACAUCGAAGACAAAAAAGCCGAUCGACACGAACAGCAGCUCCUAUUAAUACUCUCCUGGGGUUCGAUCGCGCGACCUCUUGGCAGUAUGGAGCGUGAGAAAUAAGGCAGGAAAACUGUUGGCAGUAUAAUUGCAAUCUAAUCUCAGGUAGAUUGUUGUACGACAUGGCAAUGGAGAGAAAGAAAUCUGUGAAGUUCAACCUCGGGAGACAGUCGUCGUUGGCUCCGGAGAGAGAAGAGAGGGCAAAUGGAGAAGAAGUGGUGGAGAAAGAAAUUGAAAUUCCGGAAGAUCUGAACUCCAUCAUACAGCUGCUGUACCUGGCAAACAAAGGGGAUGUGGAAGGCAUACAAGCGCUGCUUGACGGCGGCGCGGAUGUAAAUUCCGUGGAUUUCGAUAGUCGGACGGCCCUUCAUGUGGCCGCUUGCGAGGGUCACAAGGAUGUCGUCUCUCUACUGAUUAACAGGGGCGCCGAUGUCAAUUGUAAAGAUCGAUGGGGAAGCACGCCACUUGCAGAUGCUAGACACUACAAAAACUUAGAUGUGUGCAAGCUUUUGGAGGAAAAAGGCGCGAUUUUACCGACACCUCCCAUGCAUGUUACAAAUGUUCGUGAAGUUCCAGAAUAUGAAGUUGAUCCCCAAGAGCUGGAUUUCACAAACAGUGUUCAAAUUACAAAGGGAACACAUCAAGUUGCAUUGUGGCGAGGAAUACGAGUUGCUGUAAAGAGUUUUAGUGAGGAUAUAUUUACAGAUGUAGAAAAAGUGAGCGCAUUUAGGGAUGAGCUGGCCUUGCUGCAGAGAGUGCGACACCCAAAUGUUGUCCAGUUUCUUGGUGCUGUCACUCAGAGCAGUCCCAUGAUGAUUAUUACUGAAUACCUACCAAAGGGUGAUCUGGAUGCCUAUUUAAAAAAAAAGGCAGGAUCAGGAUUGAAACCGUUGAAGGCACUAAAACAUGCCCUUGAUAUUGCAAGGGGAAUGAAUUAUUUACAUGAGAAUAAGCCAGCACCAAUUAUUCAUCGUGAUCUUAAGCCCUCAAAUAUACUGCGGGAUGAUUCGGGACAUCUUAAAGUUGCUGAUUUUGGGAUAAGCAAGCUGCUAAAAGUGUCAACUAAAACUCUCAAAGAAGAUGGAUCAUUCAAAUUGAGUGGAACUUCUUGGAGGUAUACAGCACCAGAGGUUAUUCGAGAAGAAGCAUAUGACACAAAAGUGGAUGUCUUUUCUUUUGCUCUAAUUUUGCAAGAGAUGAUAGAAGGAAAUCAACCGCUUGCAUCAUUGACUCAUAUGGAAGCUGCAAAAGCCUAUGCUUAUGAGGAUAGGAGGCCUGAGUUCAAAGCUUCUCCAAGACACUAUCCCAAAGACUUGAAAGAGCUGAUUGAGCAAUGCUGGGACAAAGACCCUGCAAAAAGGCCAACAUUUGCUGAUAUUAUUCAUAAGUUAGACACGAUCAUUUAUUUUUGCAAUCGGAAAAAUCGUUGGAAGGGCAAACCAAUCAAGUAUAUUCGGAACUUUAAGGUACUAUGGCGUUUGCGGCAAAAAAGUGAUUUCUCAUGUUCAAGCACCCUCUCAUAUAAUGAUUGACGAGUGAUCACGUUCCUCUUCCAGUCAUCGCAGUUAAUAUGUCUGGUUUGACUUUUUUGUGAAGGAAUGAGGAUUUAUCUUUUGAGUGAUGAAGUUCCUCUCGUAUAUUGCUAGAAGAUUUCUCUAGAGGAACACGCUCUAGAACAAGUGUGUUCUUUUCCAAGGUUAAAUAUUUGGUGAUCCAUAAAACUUUCCAAAGGCCUAUCGUCACGCGUCUGUGUGAAGUCGAAGUUGAAUAUGUGUACAUUAUAUUUUUUAUUUAUUGGGAAUAUUCUUUCUUCUUA